ACACCCGACUCCUGGAUACCUCGCUCGCAGCAACUUCUGCGUUUGACUGGAAGGCAUCCGCUCAAUGCCGAGCCUAGUCUGACCGCCUUGUUCGAUGCAGGGAUGAUCACACCCACCAAGCUGCACUACGUGAGAAGUCACGGUCCGGUCCCCGCGCUCGACUGGGACUCACACAAGCUCUCCGAAGGGGACAGAGACAAUGUGCACUUUGGAGUAGCAGAUGACGGCGAACCCACCGCGACUCGUCUGUGGACUAUGGACGAGAUUGCGGAGGGGCCAUUUCCUCUGUGCGAACUUCCUGUGACGAUUGCAUGCGAUGGGAAUCGUCGGAAAGAGGUCAACAUGGUUAAGCGGUCGGCGGGAUACAACUGGUCGGCGGCAGGUGUAUCGACAUGCGUCUGGCGUGGCAUCUUUAUUCGCGAUCUCCUGCUGGCAACCGGGCUUAGGACGGGCCCUGAACACGAAGAAUGGUUUCUGAACCUGGAAGGCGCCGAUCAGUGUUCUGAGGGGACGUAUGCGACCUCGAUUCCUCUCGCGCACGCAAUGGAUCCCGCCAACGACGUCUUGCUCGUCUUCGGACAGAACGAUCGUGUCCUCCACCCUGAUCACGGCUAUCCUCUGAGGAUUGUAAUUCCUGGGUUCGUUGGAGGGCGGCAGGUCAAAUGGCUCAAGAAUAUCUGGAUCUCGAAAGAAGCUAACAGUUCUCAUUAUCACAUCUGGGACAACAAGGUCGUCCCUUCAGUGAUUGACUCGAAGGAACAUCCGCUUGCCGAUGCCUUCUUCCAUUCCGAAGAUAACGCAUGUUAUGAGCAAAUCCUGCAAUCCGUCAUCUGCAAACCUGCGCAUGAUGAACGUCUGCCCCUACCAACAGAAAAAGGCGGGCUCGACCAGCUUUACAAAGUGGAGGGAUAUGCCUAUGAUGGUUCCGGCACCAAGGUACAUCGUGUGGAGCUAUCCCUGGACGAAGGAACGACGUGGAAGUACUGCUCGCGCCGCUUCAUGGACAGACCUACAAGACAUGGUACGAAGCAUUGGGCAUGGGUGUUUUGGUCUUGCGAGGUCCGCAUCAGCGACCUGGCCAACGCUAAAGAGAUUUUAGUGCGCGCUUUUGAUACGAAGAAGAAUACCCAGCCUGAGCAUGAGUUUAAUAUUCAUCAACAUCUGUGGCGCCUUGUCAAACCUAUGAUUUCUAGUAACUCCUGGUACCGUGUCCGGCCUUCCCUUGUUAUAGAUCCAGAGACGAAGCAGCCUGUGAUACAUUUCCGCCACCCAGUCGCUCCUGGCCAGGAAGAGGGAGGUUGGAUGAAGCCCAACAUUGAGGACGUGAUGGCCGACCAGUCCGGGGGUUCGUCCGGGAAGACCUUCUCCAUAGAAGAAGUAGAGAAGCACAACAAGCGGGACGACGCCUGGUUGAUCCUUGAUGGCAAGGUGUACGACGUUACCUCAGUACUUGACUGGCACCCCGGAGGCGCGAACGCUAUCAUAGGAUACGUUGGCAAGGCUACUGUGGAUGCAACGAACCAAUACAAGGGAAUUCACGACGGCUACGCAAACAGUAAACGUGAUGAAUGUUUGAUCGGCGAGCUGACGAAGGAAGCGAUGAAGGUCAUCGAGAAAGAUGCUGAAAGAGCCGCCAAGUUGCUUGCCGAGAUGAAGGAAAAGCGCAAGGACUUCGCUCUGCAGCCGGACGUCUUUGUAGCCGCUAAGCUGCUGAAACGGGAGGAGAAAACCUCGGACACUAGGUUAUACACGUUCGAGCUUCCUAAGAGGAAAGACGGGAGCCAUGGGCGUAUGGGCCUUCCAGUUGGAAAGCAUGUACAAAUAGCAAUACACUUUGCAGAUCAGGCAGUCAUGCGUUCCUACACUCCCGUCAGCCCGGUUCUCCCUCAUGAGGAAGAUGGGACGUUUCAGCUGUUGGUCAAGACAUACCUGCCCUCAGACGGCGGUCCAUUCCCGCCAGGAGGCACAGCAUCUAACUAUCUCGAUCUCAUGCAAGAGGGCGAGGAGAUAGAUAUAUUGGGUCCAAAUGGCGAGAUAGAGUACAAAGGCAACGGGGAGUUUGAGAUAGAAGGAAAGACCUACCAUUUCACGAAGGUCAGUCUCGUGACGGGAGGUAGCGGUUUGACGCCGCACUGGCAAGUCAUCCACGCCAUACUCUCCAACAAGAACGACAAGACGAAGAUCGCCCUUGUGGACAGCAACAAGACCUUUGACGACAUUCUCAUGCGCGAGCAGCUUCAGGAGUAUGCGGAUAAAGAGCAAGAGAGAUUCAAGCUCUGGCAUUGCCUGUCUAAACCACCAAAGGAUAGGGAGUGGAAGGUCGUCGUAUGUUCAAUCUGUGUUAUUGUCAGGGAGGAGCAUCUGUAUCCCGCCGGUGAUGAUACGGUCGCACUUGUGUGCGGACCGCCCAGUCUGAUCGAGAAGGCGGCUGUCCCUGGCUUGAAAGAAUUGGGCUUUGUGGAAGGGAAGAAUUUGUUCGGCUGGUAG